AUGAAGCUACUCUGCAGUGCUAAAACUGUUGCCCUACUGCUAUGGAUGUCAUUGAUAAGAAAUGGCCACGCGGAGCAAGAGCCUCCCCUCUCAGUUCUGACAGCUAGCAAUGAUGAUCCGAAAAAUCCACUGAUCGUGCUUUCGAACCCCAUAACAAAGCCAGAGAUAUCGGAGGAAGUUAAAUACGAAACAACGGAGACAGACAUAACUAUCGACGCUGAUGGGGAAGUUACAGUUGUUCCAGUGAAAUCUACGCAGCCAACACGGGCGCCACAGAAGAAGAAGCCUGGGCUCAACGUUUCGGACGGACCUCAAGGAUAUCUGCAGGCUCAACUUUUGUCAAUGCCUGAAAUGUGGAACAGUUCUCCUCAAUUAGCACUUGGCUCGAACACGGCUGCAACUAAACCCCCAAUGCCACCCACUUUGCAACCGUGGUACUAUCCGAUGCCGGUAUAUAUCCCAUAUCCAAUUCCAUUUAUGAUGAACGAUGCCCAAAGAUUCAGGAUUGAAUCUGGAAAACAUCUGGAAGGACCCAAAUCAGAAUAA